AUGGCUGCUGUCGUUGAGAACCCUGCCCCUGUGGCCGAUGAGAACACUGCUCCUGCCGUUGCUCCUGCUCCCGGUAGCGAUGAGAUCGUCACCGUCUUCCACGACCCCGAGAACUUCAAUGUGAAGCACCCGCUCAUGCAUGAGUGGACACUCUGGUUCACCAAGCCUCCUAGUGGCAAGGGUGACAACUGGAACGAUCUUCUGAAGGAAGUCGUCACUUUCAGCUCCGUCGAGGAAUUCUGGGGCAUCUACAACAACAUUACCCCCACCUCCGAGCUGGGCCUGAAGGCCGACUACCAUCUCUUCAAGAAGGGCGUACGACCAGAAUGGGAGGAUCCCCAGAACAAGCACGGUGGCAAGUGGUCAUACCAGUUCAAGGACAAGCGCUCCGUCCCAAUCGACGACCUUUGGCUGCACGCUCAACUGUCCGCCAUCGGUGAGACUCUCGAAUCCGACGGCGAUAACGAAGUGAUGGGAGUGGUCGUCAACGUCCGUAAGGGUUUCUACCGUGUUGGUCUGUGGACACGUACCGUCGGAAAGAGCAUUCCCGGCGACAAGAAUGCCCGCACUCCCGCCCAAGGCAAGGAUAUACUGGAGGCGAUCGGUGGUCGAUUCAAGGAUGUGCUUCGAUUGAAGGAGGCGGAUGUGGUUGAGUUCUCAGGCCACACUGACAGUGCGCACAGUGGUAGCACUCGUGCUAAGGCCAAGUACACCGUUUAA